UCUAUACACCUGUGGGGUUCGGUCAUUCGGAGGUUCCGCAGUAGCUGCACAGGACGCCGUCUCCUAGCAACCCGCCGGGUUCACGUGACCGGCCAACCUCUUCCCCCUCAGCUCCUUGUCCGGGGAUCGGGUCACAUGACAGAGAGCCUCGCCCGCCCGCUGAUCGCUGGACUCGGGGAGCCGAGAUGGAGCUACCUGCUGUCAGCCUGAAGGCAAUCAUCUACGUGCAUUGGCUGCUGACAAUGUUGGCCUGCACUUUAAUAUGGCUGCCAAAUGCCUAUUACCUGUCUAAUCUGACCGUCUUGGCUGUGGGCAUCUGGGCAAUUAUCCAGCGGGACUCCGCUGACGCUAUUUUUAUGUUUCUGGCUGGUCUGAUCACUACAGUGGUAUUGGACAUUUUACUCCUCGCUCUGUACUACGCAGGCGCCGAAGAAACAACCGAGAAGUUGGUCACCAGGGACUUGUUCCGAUUUAGCGCUGGAAUGGCCAUAUUAAGUCUAUUGUUGAAGCCAUUGUCGUGUUUCUUCGCAUAUCACAUGUACGUGGAGCGUGGAGGAGAGUGCAAUUUCAGCAUAGUGUCCUCGGGGUUUAUCUCUGGGUCACGAGAUCGAAGUACAUACCAGACGAUCGAUCACACAGAAGGAUCUGCCGACCCAGAGAACAAGAUGCCCUCCCGGUACUAAGGGUGGAAAUGUGUGCGCCCACCUGCCUUCUCCACACAAGGAAGAAGACGACACUUGUGGGUGGUCAGAAGUGGCAAAAGCGUCUUCUAUAAAGGCCACUGCAUGGCGAUUGUCUCCCUGACUGUCUGUCUGUUACUAGGUCAGCAGGGAAAUGUGUGUGUGUGUGUGUGUGUGUGUGUACAGGUCUAUAUGUACGGCGAAUCAAAUGUGCUGCAAUACCCCCUUAAAUGUGAUUUACCUCCAGUGUGUGCUACAUUACUGCCUUCACUUUGACAUAGACUGUUUAUAUUAAAAAAAUAAUAUAUAUGUAAAUGAUUUGAUUUAUUUAAGACCAAAUUAUAUAUAAAGGGAAAUUUAUUGUUAGAUUUUUUUUUUUACUUUUUUGGACUUAAAUUAUAUAAAGCCCUAAUGAUUCAGUUUAAAUCAGUUAAACACAUUCCAGGUCCCUCUAAAACAAAAAGGUCUGCAAGGCGAAGGGCUCGUUCCGUUCCAUACAUGCAGGAAAACUAUUUGGAAAACCGUGCAGAUUUCACUUGCAGAGACAUCUGUGCAUAAAAACAUCAGUUUUCACGUGCGUCCGUAAUUUGCCCUUUUCACACAAAUGUUGAUGUCAGUUUUUUUUUUU